AUAUUAAUUAAUACGGUUCUUCCAUUGAACUGCGAAUCCAAAUUCGAAAAGCAGAGAAGAAGGCUCUUCGAAAGUUCUAAUCAAUCUGAUCGUACAGAAAAGGCGACAUCGGAGAUACUCCCCGCCGGCGACAAUGUUCUACAGAGGAUAUGGAGAUGGUCGUGACGGGCGUGAAAUGGGACCUAAGAGACAAAGAAUGAUAGAACAAGCAGCUCCUCCUCCAGGAACAUUCUAUGGACCUCAUCCUGGUUCCGCCUUUAUGUUCAACCCUUACGGAUUCGUUCCUCCUCCUGUUUUCCCUGUGGUUCGACUCCGUGGCCUGCCCUUUGAUUGCGCCGAGCUCGACGUUGUGGAGUUCUUCCGUGGCUUAGAUGUGGUUGAUGUCUUGUUUGUUCACAAGAACAGUAAGGUCACUGGAGAAGCCUUUUGUGUUCUCGGUGUUCCUCUCCAGGUCGAUUUCGCUUUGCAUAAGAACAGGCAGAACAUGGGGAGGAGAUAUGUGGAGGUUUUUAGGAGUACCAAACAGGAGUACUAUAAGGCUAUUGCUAAUGAGGUUGCGGAGUCUCGUGUCCAUGGUACUGUUACUGGUGUUGGUGGUGGUGACGGUGGAAGAGGUGGUGGUGUAAGUGUUGGAUAUUCACCUCGUAGAAUUGUGCAGAGGGCUAGAUCGAGUGAUGAUGGGAAAGAGAAUGCUGAGCAUACGGGUAUCUUGAGAUUGAGAGGGUUACCUUUCUCGGCAGGGAAGGAAGACAUACUUGACUUCUUCAAAGAUUUUGAUCUGUCUGAAGACUCUGUUCAUGUUACUGUCAACGGUGAAGGGAGACCCACUGGAGACGCGUUUGUCGAGUUUGGGAGCGCUGAAGAAUCGAGAGCUGCGAUGGUCAAGGACAGGAAGAUGCUCGGGAGCCGGUACAUAGAGCUGUUUCCUUCUUCGGUUGAAGAGUUGGAUGAUGCGCUGUCAAGAGGAAGGUGAUCCACCACACACUUGUCAUGGUACUUUUCCAUACUUUCUUUUCCUUAAUGGUUGUCAGAAGAUCACAACUUCGACGCAUUAGGGGUGUCGGUUUUGAUGUACUGUCUGGUCAGGGUACUACUAGUUUUAUCAGUUCUUUAGAUUUUGCUGUGUUCUGCAUCAAUGUAGUAGGUUCUGAAUCCUCUUUCGAUUCACUCGCAUUGCUCCUAUUGUGGCUUUUGAUUCAAGCCUUUGUUGGAUUGUAACAUUAUUAGGCUUUUUGCUGAAAGUUGUGGGAAUCCUCAUGAUCUUGAUUGAUACUCUUUUCUGUGAGAUAUGUGGUUAGAACGACAGAAACCUUGAAGAGAUCAAUUGUUUAGGAUCUUUUUGUAGUGUUGAUGUAAAAAGGACUGAGAAAAGUUAUUUGUCUUCAUUGAUC